UGCGUCCACUUCUCCUCGCUCCCUCUCUUGUCUCGUCUCCUCUUUCUCUACUUUAUCUCACUCGUUCUCUAUCCUUCCUUUUUCUUCCCGUCUUUCUUCUAUCUUCUCUUACUUCUCCCUCGCUCGUCCGCCACUCUUUGCUCUUUCGCCAGAUUGUUUCUGAAGGUUGUUGGGACAAACACUAAAGCUGAGAUGGCAAUGAGCGGCAUCCUCCACUGUGACGACAUUAAGAAGGCUCUAGACGCUUUUGCAGUCGCCGAGUCGUUUGACGUUAAGAAGUUCUUCGAGAUGGUCGGCCUGAAGUCCAAGUCUGCGGACGACGUCAAGAAGGUGUUCACGGUGCUGGACGCGGACAACAGCGGCUUCAUCGAGGAGGAGGAGCUAAAAUUCGUCUUGAAGGGUUUCGCCAAAGAUGGUAGAGACCUGACAGACAAAGAAACCAAAGCAUUUUUAAGAGCAGCCGACAAGGACGGCGACGGGAAGAUAGGAGUGGAAGAGUUCACUGCUCUGGUGAAAGAAUAAAUAGCUCCAGAUGACUCCGAACCACAUCCUGACGCCCCGAAGCCCCGCCCACUUCCCUUAUUCCCAUGAUGCACCUGGCUCUCUCGUAGCGCACUAUAGAAACUAGUCCCUGAUCAUUAUUUAUUUGAGCCCUUUUGUACGGCCUGUUCUGUUCAAACGCUAAAGGCAAGUCAAAGAAAGUCCCCGGCGCCGUGUCCACCUCUUCACCCUCUUCACUUUCUUUAGUUUCACUUUCUCUGUCCCUCUCUCUCCUGUCCCUUCAUCCACGACUCCAUCCAUCCCUCCCUCCGCUCUGGUAACGGGCUGUUGUAAAAACAUACCAAACGAAGAAAGAGGUCAAGCUGUGAACAAAUACAAUAAAUUGAAAACAACGAAUCGUCAAAAGUCUCACGUGUCGGUUCUUUUUGGGGAGUUGGAGCGGGACGGGCACAGAUUGCAGCUUUACUUAACGCCUUGUGCUUAUUUUUGCUCAUUUUUACCACGUAUUUGAGCGAAUAUUCUCCAAGUAUACAGAUAUACCGUAUGAGCAGCUCAGGAUUUGCACUGUUCGCAUGGUAGUUGUUUUUACUGUGACGGUAAAACACAUUUUAAAAGCAAUGA